UGAAACACCUUCUGAGAAGCGCCGAAGCAGGCACUUGUCGACUGAGAAGCAGACGCGUCGCUGCAGGUUCGAUAUGUCGGCGAUUGCGCAUUUGGAACAUCGCCUGGCGUUUGGGCGCGUAAACAGAGCCAAUUGCGACGAAGACGAGCAACUGACAGAUACAAUUUGUUCUAUUAGAGCCGUGAUGCACUGCGUAGAAGCUAGCGAAUGGCCCAGCAUUAGUAUCCUGCCCGUUCGCACGUGACGGAUGCUUUCAAAUGGCCGCGAGACCCUGCAUGUUACGUCGGCCGUAGCUGGCCGAGGCAAUGCCCGGAUAUGCCUUGGCCUGUCACGAUCCCGUUGUCGAGCCAUUGUCCUGCCUUAUCGAAUCCUUAUCGAAUCGUAGUUAAUUCGCUGUCGAAACGUUGGCAGUCAGGGGCCCAGUCCGAAACAACUUUUUUUCGUAGGAACUUUUUCUCGGUAGUCGCUGAUAUGUCCACUCUCACUAUUUGCUGUUUGUCAUUCUUACGAACUUUAAUGGCGUAAGAACCUUUUGGGACCACAAUUCCAGUUGUCCAACAAUUCUUCACGCAGACAGUUUUGAGACACAGUGCGCGACUAUGACGCAUCAUUUGGCUUCCAGGACACCAAAUCCGUGAAGCGAACAAUGGGCGGUGUAUUGGAUCGUCGGGUUUAGUGAUUGGCCAAAAGACGCCAGCGACGGCGUAUCACGAGCCGUUCGCAUAAUCGCGAAGAGCCUUGCGAAUCCGACUCUGGACCGGCUGAUGCCGGCUAAGUCAAUCAGGAGCCACUGAAAAGCCAGUGAAAACCUACAGACAGCUACUGCCAGGAUGCACGGUUUUAUAGUGAGAAUGGUUUGCCACUCGCACUCGAUGAAAAAAAGGUGCGUAUUAAAAACCACCCUAGAUCGCUCGAGUCAAAAGCUAUGCGCGAAUGAUGAGCACGCCCCAUUUUCGAGGCCCGAAACUACCGCAUUUUCUCAUAUGUAACCACCUCUGCCCUUCCCCAUUCUAAGAAGCCAUUGCAGAAAGCACGAGCUCGACAUUAAAAAUUCAUUUAAAGAAUUUUGAGCAUUUAACAUAAGAACGACAGGAAGAACGCCUUGUCGCUGCUGUUCUAACGACUUACUAUGUUUUGCUAAACGCUCAGCCGUUAAUUAUGAACGGAUACUAACUUGUCCAGUUUACCCCUUUUCUCAUUGCGCAAGAAUUUAUUAAAUCUCGUCUUGUUUCUUGAAUACCCUUACCAAUAUAAUUAAUAAAUAGUUUCGUGGUCUAUUGGCUUUUUGUUACUCUCAAUAGAAUGUCUUUUGAGAUGGAAUUGAAUAUCGUGCACAACUUUUGCGGAAGUGUAGCUGUCAAUGGCAUUUCUCCCUGUCAGAUGUAAAUGCCGCGGGGUGCCGCUAGAAGAUCGGAGCGGCCACACAAGCUCCGUGAAGAACAAAGAAGGGAACGGGUGCACGAGCACGGCGGCAGAGGCGCGAGCUCGCAGUGUUCUAACCAGGCGGGCAGCAUUUCCGAGCUCCUGGGGUGAACGAGGUGAGGAUUCCUGCCAGGCGAGAUGUCUGUGGCAAGGUGCGAAUGAUCGCGGAGCCGAGCGUGGACGAGGACGUCCGAGGAACCAGGGCUCCUGCUGCCAUGCAGUGCUCGAGACGCUGGCUGACCCGAGGGCCGCCGGUCCCUGAGCUGCCGCACCUGAGCUGUGCCGGGCAGCGUUGCAGUCUGGCACAGAUGUUGCGGUGGUAGACGCGGUCCUCACGUGCGACCGCCGCACGUGGAUUGCGAGCGGCGUUACGAGCUGGGCACCGAGGCCGUGCUGAACGUGCGACUGUAGCACGUCGGUCGCGAGCGGCGCCUGAGCCGGACACCGAGGCCGCGCGGAACAAGGCGUCCCGUGGCUGCUGCCGCUGCGGCUGCUGAGCGUGCCGAGACCGAGAACCGUGCUGAACGAGACCUGAGCGUGUCGUCGUCGCAGCCAGCUCGAACACGGGUGAACCCACAGUGCCGUGACGACCGAACGGGCAACGGAAGAAAAAGAAAAUGCUGGGUGCGACCUUGUCCGUCUUACUUCUCACGGCGGUUUGCUCGGAAGCUGGUUCAGGGCAACACCUCACUCAGCACAAAGCAAGGUUCAGCUUGUUGCAAGUGAGUUUCUUCUGCCUUCCUUCGCUGCCUUGCCGGUGCCCGUGCGAGUACGGCCUCGAGUAUCCCAGCAAGUGUGGCAUCUGUGUUUGCCCAUCGUGUGGAGGGUGCCUGUCAGCAUGCUACUUCAAGGUGCGACCAGGAGAGCUUUGCCCACGGUGCGCACCAACCGAAUAUUGCUUCAGUCCAUACGGAAGUGGGCUAGAAGGGCCAAUGCGACCGGUAAAUCCAAAGGAACCAGAAAAACCGAGUCACCCGGAUAGGCCAAAUGAUCACGAGAAGCCGAAGCACCCGGGAAGCACAAAGGAUCAGGAGAAGCCGAAUCACCCGGAAAGGCCAAAUGAUCAGGGGCACUCGCAGCAUCCAGAAAGUUCAAAGGAUCAGGAAAAGCCGAAGCAUCCGGAAAGUCCUAAGGAUCAGGGAAAGCCGAAGCACCCGGAAAGUCCAAAGGAUCAGGAAAAGCCGAAGCAUCCAGAAAGUCCAAAGGAUCAGGAAAAGCCGAAGCAUCAGGAAAGUCCAAAGGAUCAGGAAAGGCAGAAGCAUCCGGAAAGUCCAAAGGAUCCAGAGAAGUCGAAGCAUCCGGAAAGACCAAAGGAUCAGGAAAAGGCAAAGCAGCCGGAAAAUCCAAAGGAUUCGGAGACAUCGAGAGGGCCACAAAAACCCAAGAAAACAGAAAACCCCAAGCAACCAGAAAAGGCGAAAGAGCCGGAAAAGUCCAGGAAGCCAGAGGAGCCGAAGCCAUCUUGAGGACGACGCGUCUUGGAGGUACAGCUGUCACGGGCCCAUUAUUUUGACGACGAAUAAACGCAUACGCGACAAAGCCAAA